AUGGAGGAGCCGAUCAAGACGCGCAUCUUGAUCAUAUCCGACACGCACGGCGCGCCUCUCGUCAAAGAACAUGGCAGAAAAGACCCCUUCGCGCCCUUUGAAAAGCCGCUCCCGAAGGCUGAUGUGUUGAUUCACUGCGGUGACAUGACUACGACCGGCGGCAUCACGCAAUACCACGACACACUGGAUAUGCUCAAACAAAUCGACGCCACUGCCAAAUUUGUCACCGCAGGUAACCACGACCUCUCGUUGGACAAGGAUUACACCUUAUCACAUGCUCAAAGUGAGGACAUGACCUACGAAGAGGCAACAGCGCUUACGACCCGUGCACAUGACCUCUGGAUCUCACCUACUGGCCGUGCUAAACGGGAAGGAGUAACAUAUCUUGAGGAAGGCGUGCAUGUGCAUAGUCUUCCGAAUGGGGCAACCAUGUCGAUCUGCGCGUCGCCCUAUACACCAGAAUUCUGCGACUGGGGCUUUCCGUACGAUAGAGAUGACGACCGCUUCAAUGGUGAGGGAACGAAGCUCAGCGAUGCGGCUACCGUCACUUCACAGCCCAUACCCGCCCCUUCUGAGACGCCAAUUGACGUCUUUGUCACCCAUGGACCUCCUUACGGACGACGCGACAGGACGCAAGAUGGAAUGCUAGUGGGUUGCCCUCACCUGCUUCGUGCGGCGAUGCGAGCGCGUCCGAUGCUUCAUUGCUUCGGACACAUUCACGAAGGCUGGGGUGCUGAGCGCGUCUCGUGGUCACCCUCAGCAGACACGGUCACCAAGUCACCUUGCACGAUCAGGCAAUGGACGAAGGAAGCAGCCUGGAAGGCAGGUGUGGCCAAUAACGGCGAGGGCAUCUCGAAGAUAAAGACCGACCGAGACGAAGCCGAGCAGGAUCAUGCGGUAUUCGUCGAUGCCUCGCGGACUGGAAAGCCAAUCCAGCGGGGAACGGAGACACUGAUGGUCAACGCAUCCAUCAUGAACGUUAGGUACCGACCGAUAAAUGCCCCCUGGGUCAUCGACAUCGACUUGCCGCGAGCUAAAGCUGCCUGA